CGCAGAAACAAAUAUUUCUUUGUACUUGUAACGAGGUGUGACGAACACGACGAGGCCCACUGCAGCUGCUUGAAAAGUUUCGCUGUUGUAAAGGUGCUUAAUUGAAAAUUUUCAGCAAUGAACGGUGAUCUUGUCGAAGAAGGAAAGGCGAAGGCAGCAGGAAUAAUUUCCGUUCUGGUCGGAAUAUCAGCGUUUAUUCAGCUAAUAUGUGGAUUUAUCUACUUGAGCAAGGGUGGACCCGAAGGUUCUGGUCUGUGGUCUGGAAUCGGGGUAAAUAACUCUUCGUAUAUCAUGUUAAGCGUUGAUUUUAAAGAUAUAAGCCAAAUAGUGACCCUUGCUGAUUACUUUUGAACAGCAUUCUUUUCAACGAAACCUAUUCAGAAAACGAUAGGCGUGAAUUUAGCAGCUUCAGGACCUUUCAAUCAACCCGUUCGUUAAUCGCUUUGCAGUUCAGGUGUUUUCGUUCCGGCUAAACUUCAAAAUACCCGGCCACUUUGGUCCGUCUCACUCGCAUUUCCUCGACCUUAUUUCUAAACUAAAAUCAAUAUCCAAUGUUGUUUUAAAACCGAGUGAAACCUCGAAAUAUGAUGUGGUAGUCUUAGCAUAUCGAAAGUCAUCGUGUAAUUGUCUUCAUACCGCUCAGAGCCAACCCCAACCGAGGAAUUGAUUGCGAUACAAUAACGGCUUAGAAGUCUUUUGAAACACCUUGCCUUUGAUAGUCCUCACUGAUGUCUAUUUUUACAACAGUGACUUAGAGGUUAACAGCCUUUGAAAUCAUGAUUAUUAAAUGCUUCCUUGGUUUGUCCAACGCUUAGAAGAAAGUAUGAUCAAUCGAAAAAAAAAAAAAUUUAGCCACACAGCCAGAGCAACUGUCUCGGUAAAUUAUGGAGUACUGAAUGAACUCCUGUAUUGUGUACUGUAUUCGAAAUAAAAUUUAAACAAGGGAAGAUUUGAAUUUCCAAUUGCGCCACUGAUUGAAUCAGCAAUCGCUUUCAUAUUCAUGAAUCAGCAAAGUCAAAAUUUAUUUUGAGCAAAGUUUCAUUUCCACCAAACUUCUAAGACCAGUGUGAGGGGUUAGGAUUUUGUUUUACUAUCAUAACUGAAAGAUCGGCGUUAUUGUUAUUUUUUGUGUCUCGAAAAGCUAGACCAAAAUAAAUAUUUACGCACCGUAACAAUCGUUACAGGUAAUUUCUUUCCUAGCGCAAAAAAAGUGGAUCACAUGAUGAGUUUUGCACGGAAUUAAUGCAUGAAAAAAUGAUUGACACAGCGAACUCGUUUCGAAUUUCACUUUUUACGUGAGCUCUUCAAUCUUGACAACAGUAACUUACUCACCGUUGCUGAAAUUUCAAGUCCACCUCUACAUCAGAAAUUAAAAUGAAGGCAACUUGAUGCCUUUUUACGCUUAUGUCAAAUUUAAUUCUUACCAGCUUAUGUAAAUCUUGUAUAAAUUGAUAGACUUGGGAACCCGAGUAAUUAUAUAGGUAAUAAUUAAUUGGCAAAGCUGAGAGGAUAAACCUAGUUUAUACAUAACACGUCGAGUUAAUUCUCGCCUUCUUGUACACUUAAUUAAGACUGUGUUAAACUAGAUUUCCUUCUACGGACAAAAAUGAGCUUCCUCUUUGACAUAUUUUGCUCACGAGGAAUUAAAUCCUCUUUGAAAAGCGGUUUUUUUUUUAAAUUUAAACCUGGAGAGCACCUGGUAACGUUCUUCUGUUCAAAUGCAUUACAUGGUCUGACAGUUUUGUUUCAUGGCAAAAUUUGUGCUUUAUGCUGUAAUAAGAGGCAGUGCUACAGUGGGGAAAAUUUUCAAAGAAUAGCAAUAUCUGUUUCCAUUGUUUCGUUUGUGUUUUUAAUUACUUUUGGCGAGUUAAUAUUAUGCAAGGAAUAACAAAGUAAUAAAGAUACAAAAUGUCGUCUUCUCCGAGGGGUUCGUUUGUUUUAUUCAAAGUUACAUAAAAAGUGGGGUCACAAUCGCCACAAGUGUAGUAUAAAGUAAUGAGUUUUGAAAGAGUUGUGGUGUUGGCCUCGGCGAGCAGGAGAAAAAUUUAUCAACUAGAUAUUGACUUCAGAGGUAAUUUUCAACGAACAGCAAUAUCUGUUUCCAUUGUUUCGUUUGUGUUUUUAAUUACUUUUGGCGAGUUAAUAUUAUGCAAGGUGUAAGAAACAUUGAGACGUCCCACGCGAGACGUCCCACGCGAGACGUCCCACGCGAGAACGAUUGACGUAACGAGAUAUAUUGUUUUGUUUGUAUAGUGCAGAAGUGAUUUUGUUGAUUGACGGAAACGUGAGCCAAGUAAUAUAAUCACAUGUACAUAAUAGACUUUGAUUAGUACCUUUUCGAAGCGAAGACGAGUGUUUAUGCGAAGUUACGAAGUUUAGGUUUUACGAUACGAAUUAGAUGUUGUAGUAAGUACGAAUCAAUAAAAGGAAUCAAGAAAUUACGUCUCGAAGUUUACAAUACAAGGAAUAACAAAGUAAUAAAGAUACAAAAUGUCGUCUUCUCCGAGGGGUUCGUUUGUUUUAUUCAAAGUUACGUAAAAAGUGGAGUCACAAUCGCCACAAGUGUAGUAUAAAGUAAUGAGUUUUGAAAGAGUUGUGGUGUUGGCCUCGGCGAGCAGGAGAAAAAUUUAUCAACUAGAUAUUGACUUCAGAGGUAAGGAAACCGCUCAGCGGUCGACGAAAAAAUCGACGCGGCCUAAUGGGGCAAAGAAUAAUUUUUGAAAAGCUUAAGUUUAAACCAGUUUCAGGAUCUUCCUCAGAUCAGUAGGCUACCGGUACGAAGAAAAGCCCCCAGUCAACAGUGAUCGAUUUUUCAAAAUCCGUCGCGGCGACUGGACUCCGGACUUUUCUACCUACUAAGGAAGAAUUCAGGGGGACAUUCAAUUGGUCGUUAAUCGCAGUUGUUGAUUUUCAAGUGACAACUACAUGUCAUAAGGAGCCGACUAGCGCACGAACGCGUCUGGCCCUGAAAUGAAACAUUCACAAGGUUAGGUUCAAAAAAAUAGCUCCAAACAGACAAGAAAAAAACACUUCGUUCACACUUUCAUUAGUUCUUAAGUUCACCGGUUCGUCUGAUCCGUUUUUCAGUUGAUCAGAUCAGUAAUUAGUUACCUUGUACCUUUGUGUUUUCCGAUGUAUUUUGCUGCAUAGGUUAAUUUUGACGUAUUUUUCUCUGACUGCAUAGCUUGCCGUUAUUUGUGGUCUCGGAAUUCUCGUUUGGUUGAGGAAAAAUAAAACAGCGGUAAGUAGAAAAACAAUAGAUGCGUAAAUAUGCUCACGUUUUCAUUACACACUGUCACCUCCGCAUUGUCAUUUAUACAUUCCCCUAGACCUAGGAGUCGCGGGGGGAAUAGGGGGAAUAUGCCGCAAAACAGGGUGUGGUCUUAAGGGUCUUGCAUCUCUCUCAAAGUGGGUAGGCAUAAUGAAAAUAAUUCUUUUCCACUAACGAGGCAACAACGUGAAAAGCCCUUCCAUGACUUCCCUUAACUAAUCCUCCAGGCCUGAAGUGAGUGGCGUGAGUGUUAGUCGAAGUUUCCCACCCCCUUCAUUCUUCCCCAUCUCAGAAAAGAAAGCAAAGACAGUGCACAACAUUUAGGCGAUAACUUGAUUUUUACGGUGAUUUUAUGCCUUCCAGAUGGUGUUUUUCUUGGUGAUGAACAUCCUGUGGUUUAUUGUGUGCCUUGUCCAGAUCAUCAUCGCCUUCAUCGCCUGGGUGAUCUGGCACUUCAUAAGGAAGGUGGUUGAGACGAACUGCAAUCAAAGUGGAGACGUAUGCCAUUGUAAAACCGAUAAGGAAGAGCCAUGGCCAGGUAAGUCUGGGGAGCGAAGAUGGAUUGUCGGUCGUGCAGUCAGAGAUUAAGAUCAUUUUGUUGCAUGCGUUGUUGCUACUUUUACUUCGACUAUUGCUACCGCUGUUGCGACUGCUCGUGUUUCUAUUCGUUUUGCAUAUGAUUUAAAAGAACGAUAGUAUAUACAUUUGACUCUCGCCCUACGGAAACAUCGCUGUUACAAACACCCCGCCAUUGCGAACAAAGGCCAGUCCCCCGGCGAAACGCAUAGAGAGAUGAAUAAAACAAACUCCCGUUAUUACGCGAUGUACAGACUCCCCCUAUUACGGAAAUGUGAUACUCCCAUGUUCCCCCCAGCGCCACACUUCUUGUUUUUUCUUGCUAUAGCGGACACUUGAGUAUUUCGUCCGACUCACAUAAUACGAAGCGACAUUACGAUAAAGGAGUGAAAGCCUUUCUUCAAUUAAGUGCGAGCAUGAGAAUUUCCUGCUGGCGGCCGGAUAUUUUUCUGGCUUGUAAGGCCACGUUAGAAACCUUAUGUUUGCGUAGUGACAUAUUAUUUCGUAUGUUGUUUUUUUCUUUCAUCUCGUACCCCUCUAUUACGAACUCUCGCUGAUACGGACACUAAAUCUUCCCCCGAGGGUGUCCUCAAUAACGGUUGUCGACUGUAGUUUGUAGGCCACAGAGACACUGUUUGCUAAUGAAAUCCAUCAUUUUUCCUUUCACAGUGCACAACUGCAAUGACAUCAGAGUCAUCGAGAGCUGCUUCCUAGCAAUUCUGAUUAUGAGUGCCUUUUCUGCCAUCCUGACCCUGUCUGGUUCAAUUAUUGGUUGCAUGGGAACCUGCUGUGCUAGGCCAGCUGUAAGUCACGUAAUCCUGAAAUGAAUGUUACGCAAUCCUAUCAUAAUAGUAAUUUUUGGGUCACGAGUGUUUGUAGCAAGGGAAGGGAAGAGGUCAGGGCAGUAUUUUCUCACCGACAAGGAAGUUAACAUCGUUUACGGAGAAGAUACUCGAUACCCGGACUUCAUUAGUUUCCAUGCUGGGCAUUUCUCAGUUCAGUUUCCACUAGUGUUGAACAAAUAGAAAAAUCAAAAACUAUUCGUCCAAAAGAAACUGUAGGCGUAACGAUGCAUCCACAUUGCACAGCCAAAGACAAAGAAAAAUGGUUUAAUUUGAAAAUAGCUUCAUCCCCCCUUCCGAAGAAGUGAAGAAAAAUAAAAUUAUCACCCUCUAUGUACAGUGUUUCCGAUCUAGUGCUCUCCUCUCAUAUGAGGGCUCGAGGGCAUGCCGGGGUGUCAUGAUUGAAAAAAACUACUUUUCUUGUCAAAAACCCCCCCCCACCGUGCCUAAGUAUUUCAUUCGAAGGUUACUGAGGCCGUAAGUUCCUGACUUGAUGCACGAAUUCGUUUUCACAGCAGGCGAACGUGGUAGUGAUGCAGCAACCUACUGGGUAUCCCAUGGUGAUACAGCAAACCACAGCUCAGGGCUAUCCUGCUCAGCAGCCAUACCCAGGCCAACAACAGGUGAUGAUGCAGCCACCAGCCGGUGCCGGGGGUCCCCCACCUGACUAUGGGUUGCCACCAAAGCAAUAAACAUCAAGUGUUGAGUUCGCCUGAUCCCAUAGCUGUUUUAGUUUAAAUAUUUUUAUAUGAUAAUUUCUUCGAUUUACUGUGUAAAAACUAAUCCAGAAUUCCAGUUGUCUUCGCUAUGUUUUUUUUUUAAUUGAUCUGUAACAUUCCUGUUACCCUGUUGACCAAUUAAUAAUGAUAAUAGGACCGAGAGGAGUCCAACUCGGUCUGUAAUCAUACGAGCGAUUAACAAAAUCGGACGACCGCGAAGCGGGAGUCUGAUUUGUUUACCACGAAUAUGAUCACUGACAGAAUUGGACGACAAGAAAUCCUGUUACCAAUUAAUCAUAACCAUUUCAAUUUCCGAAAAAACAGAUAAACCUAGAACAAAUAUCUCCAGUGGAGACAAUGUCUUUAGUUAAAUAUUCUCCAUUUUGGAAAUUGCCUUUUUUUUCUUUGGAUGAGUGGUUGUUGCUAUGGUUAUUGUGCUCAAUUCUGUGAUUAGUGGAUCUAGCUGAGUGGACAUAGUAUGAUUGGCUGCUUCAACUGACCGAUUACAGCCAACUGUCUGAUUACACUGUCCGAUUACAACUGUUCAUAAUGAUUAGUGAAAAAUGAAGCAGUGAUGCACCAAUCACAUUUGAGGAAAUUGUAAUGGUUAUGAUUAGACGCAAAAUAGGUCGUUGGCGUUACCUAUGAGUUUCAGUUGGUGCGCCUCUGCUUACUUUCACAACAUUCAUUUGAAGUACCCUUUGUUUUUUAAGAUCGUUUAAGUAAAAUAUAGACACAAGUGCUAUGGGAGAUGGUGAGUUCCUUGUUUACUGGUAUUUACAAAAACCAUUGUUAUGUUAGUUAGCUUGAGGUAGUUGUUGUCGCUAUUUUACAACUUACAUGUUAUCCGUUCCAUGCCAUCGUUCGA